GCUGGCUCGCUAUGGCUGACGACCUGGAGCAGCAGUGAGUUCACCCGCCCCUUCCUCUCGCCCUCUCCCGCCUCCGCGCGCCGUCCCCCGGGGCUGCGGGCGGCCUCCCGCCUUCCCGCGUCCAGGCCUCAAGGCUGGCUGAGUAGCUGGCUGCCCACUUGGCGCCCCACUUCUAUGUCUCAAUUGAAGAAUGUGGAAGCCAAGAUCCUUCAGUGUCUCCAGAACAAGUUUCUGGCCCGCUAUGUAUCCCUUCCAAAUCAGAACAAGAUCUGGACAGUAACUGUGAGCCCAGAGCAAAAGGACCGUACCCCUCUGGUGAUGGUGCAUGGCUUUGGGGGCGGCGUGGGCCUCUGGAUCCUCAACAUGGAUUCCCUGAGUGCCCGCCGCACCCUGCACACCUUUGAUCUGCUCGGCUUCGGUCGAAGCUCAAGGCCAGCAUUUCCAAGGGACCCAGAGGGGGCUGAAGAUGAGUUUGUGACCUCGAUAGAAACAUGGCGGGAGACGAUGGGAAUCCCCAGCAUGAUCCUUCUGGGGCACAGCUUAGGAGGAUUUCUGGCUACUUCUUACUCUAUCAAGUACCCCGAAAGAGUUAAACAUCUUAUAUUGGUGGACCCCUGGGGGUUUCCCUUGAGACCAACUGACCCCAGUGAGAUCCGUGCACCUCCAACCUGGGUCAAGGCUGUGGCAUCUGUCCUGGGGCGUUCGAAUCCAUUGGCUGUCCUUCGAGUUGCUGGGCCCUGGGGGCCUGGCCUGGUACAGCGAUUUCGGCCUGACUUCAAGCGCAAGUUUGCAGACUUCUUUGAAGAUGACACCAUAUCAGAAUACAUCUACCACUGCAAUGCACAGAACCCCAGUGGUGAAACAGCUUUCAAAGCCAUGAUGGAGUCAUUCGGCUGGGCUCGGCGUCCCAUGUUGGAGAGAAUUCACUUAAUUCGAAAAGAUGUGCCCAUCACCAUGAUCUAUGGGGCAAACACCUGGAUAGACACCAGUACAGGGAAAAAGGUGAAGAUGCAGCGGCCAGAUUCCUAUGUCCGAGACAUGGAAAUUGAGGGUGCCUCUCACCAUGUCUAUGCUGACCAGCCGCACAUCUUCAAUGCUGUGGUGGAGGAGAUCUGCGACUCGGUUGACUGAGCUGCUCUCACUAGAGGAAGAGGAGGAGAAGCCUCCCUGUCUCUUAGUCACCCCUCUGUCCUUUCCUCACCAACUAACAUGUGCCAGCCAGGCAGAGUCUUGGGGUGUCCCCAGGAGAGGACCACACUGAAUAAGAGCACUCCUGAUCCUGUGCUGAGGGCAAGAGGCAGAAGCCACAGGAAGCUUAGAACUUCCAACCUAGGGAAGGUUGAAAAGAAUUGCCCAAGGCCACCCCAUUUUGCCCACAUUAUGAAGAGAUUGCAUCGAGUCCUGUUGCUCCGUGUGUGGCCUUCCUUCCUCUGGGCAGAGGAGGGCUCCUGCCAGCCUUUCCUAACACUAGAGUUGCUGGGAGUGGUUCUAUGCAAGAACAUCUUUCUGUAUCACUCCCUCAACUCCUUCCAGGAUUUGAUUGAGAUCUGGUCUCACUUGCCUACCAAAAGCAGGCCCUAGAUCUCCAUUCAUCUGCAGAGUUCCCCUCCAUGGGCAGAAAAAGGAAACAGCUUAGACAUGACAUACAGAUCAGUGAUAUGAAUUCUGGAAGAGCUAAGGCUGGAACCCAGGACUACAUGUGGUUGGUUGCCAACUUGAUUUGCUAAGGCUUGAGACAGACACUAUUGCCACAGGCUGAUCUUCCUCACUGUCUAAAUUUAAGCCUGUCUUUGCCCCCGUAUCCUAGCCUUGUUAUACAGGCACACUCUUCUCAUGCUCUGUCUUGCUCUUAGCAGGCUAAGCUGAGGACGCUCAAGUAAUCUUUCCUAGCCCUGUCUUCCUCCCAAUGGGAGGACUCUGGGCCUCCCUUUGUGCCUUGGGCCCUGAAGCCCCAUGUAGUAUAGAGAUGAGGUGGUUCCUAGUGGAGAAAAGGGAAAAAGACCCCCCCUGGGGCCAUGUCUGGAUUUGCCAUGCCCACUAAUCGACAGCACUUUUCUACCUGCUCCCAGAGCUGAGGCCCGCUGCGAGCCCCUGCCCAUGGUCCAGUGCGCAGCCUCAAGCUCACAGUCCCUGUCCUUAGCAGCCACAAGAUGGUUCUCACUGCCUGAUCCUUCCCCCCCGCCUUCCGUCCCCCUGGUCUCCAGCUCACCCCAUUCCCAGACUGCCUGUCAGCCCUUGCCAAGGGUCUCAUUCCGGCUGCUGUUCUGAACUUCCGGGUAGUAGGCUGGGCCUGGCCCCAGAAGCAGGCAGCUCUUCCCUGCUCCUUCACUUUUGUAAAGCCAACCCUUUCACCAGAAUAGUAUUAACUCCUGGUGCUUUGUACUACUGGUCCAGCUGCCUCGGGCUCCUUUUCUAUAUUAAUAAAGAAAUGAGUAAAAAUUGC